AUGACCAGCACUACGACGAUCCCAACUAUCGCCCCAGUCGGGGGGUCGGAGCUGCUUGUCGCCCUGACCGAGGUGGCAAAUGUGGUUGGUGUCGGCGAGGAGAAGAACGAGGGAACGGGAGAUGAUGCUGGCGAGAUCAGCUGUGGUGGCUCUGGCGCAUUUGAUGGAUUUAUAUUGGGUUGA